CUCGUCUGGCUGGUGAUGUCGGUGAAAUCGAGUGUGAAUGAGUUCAUCGAGGCCAUCGGUUUCGGCCUUGGUCAGAUCGUGGCCAUUCUGUCCGGCGGCGGGGCGUAUCUGGCCGAUGGAGCGGAGGUGCUGGUCCUCGGCGCCAUCAACUACCAUCUGGGACAGGACUUGGGGCUCUCCGGCGUGGCCAUGGCGGCCAUGGUGUCGAUAAUCUUCGUUGGCGUCAUGUGCGGCAACCUCCUUGCCGGCGUCAUUGGCGACCACUAUGGGCGGAAGCUGCCCAUCUUGCUCUCCUACUCGGGCACCGUUUCAUGCUCACUCGUCAGCGUAAGGCAGAGGAACGCGGCGAGAGCAUGCAGCAAAUACCUGAUCCAGUGGCCUUGUGUGUGUGAAUAUGCGAUGGAUGCAGAUAAUGCUGAGUUCGUAUUGGCUGAUGAUGGUCUGUCGCUUUCUUGUGGGAAUCUCCUUUGGGAUCGGAGUGCCCGCGUGGAACUCGCUGUCAGGUGAGAUCAGCCGUCAGACACACCAACGGAUGGAUGGAUGGAUGGAUGGAUGGAUUGUGUGUCGUUGGUCUCUCUCUCGUGAUGGUCAGGCGAGAUCACGCCCAUCAGGUGGCGCCUUCUGGCGCAGUCGAUAAGCCAGUCGCUCUUUUGUUUCGGAGAGAUCUAUGCCGCAUCGACUCUAUGGUUCCUCGACCCUCAGCUGAAGGUUCAGCAGCCCAGUCACAUGUGCAACGUCCAUCGAGGCACAUCUGUGUGUGUCUGUGUCCAUCCAUGCAGCACGCGGACUGGCGCAUCCUCGUGGCAGUGGCGAGCAUCCCGUCCUUCCUCUUUCUCUUCAGUGCCCUGCUGCUGCUGACCGAAUCGCCCCACUUCCUCUACACCCAGAACAAGCUCUCUGCCACCCGGGAUGUGCUGAUGCGGCUGGCGUGGUGGAAUAGGAAGGACAUCGAUGUGCAGUUGCUGCAGGCACCCAUGUCGCCGCUCGUCAGACAGCAAUCGGCCGGAGUCGAUAAGACUUUCAGGGUCAGCCAGCACGGCCAAGAUGGUGUGGGGUGGGCACUCGUCGAUGCGUGUGUGUGUGUGUGGCAGCAAGAGCUGCGGUCUCACUUGAAAAUCAUCUUCUCGCGCAAGUAUUUGUUCUCGACGCUGGUGUGUUGCUUCGUGUGCUACGUGGUGAACACCGGCUUCUACGGGCUUCUGUACGCCCUCCCUCUCACCGUACCGCACAUGGAGCCCAUGGGUGACCCCAGCACACCACACAGCAUCCAUCCCACGCCGGCCGGUCUGUCUCAUGGUUUGUGUCGGUGCCUGCCCUGCUGCAGGGACCACCCCAGCUGGGGCGGUAUUGGGUGCAGCGAUGUUUGAGCUGCUGGGGUACCCGGCAGUCUUUUUCUUCGACACGUUCUGCACCCGGAUAGCUAACAUAGCAUCAUGCUCCCUCUGUGUCGGUGAGACACCGGAUAUGCACACCCAAGAAGACAGAGAGAGAGAGCGAGAGAAUGUCUAAUGUGCAUUUGUCAGGUUUGAGUCUGACGAUAUUCUGCGUGGCGGCCUUCCUGCAUCAGACGACCAUCGCACUCUGGAGCGUAUCAGUGGCCAAGCUGUUCGUUGUCGCAGGUAAGUCAGCCUGACACCAACCUGGCUCCAUCGCUCGGUCGGACUCUCUGUCCCUGUCUGUCUGUGCAGUGUUUGUGACGGUAUAUGUCUACGUGGUUGAGCUGUAUCCCACGAUCUGCCGUACGAUGGGCACCGCCCUCUGCUUCACAGCCGGCCGCCUCGGCGCCAUCUCGUCGCCGCUCACCUUCGAGCUCUUUCGCCUUAUGGUCAUUGGCGAGCGGGAGCCGUCAGUGCCGGGCGAGCCUCACCUAGCUUUCAUGCCCUUCUUCAUCUUGAUUGCGACCUUGAACUUUAUCACGGCCUGUCUGACGGCAUUCCUGCCCUACGAGACGAAAGGCGCUCCGCUGCAGGUCAGUCAGCCAGGAGACGAACAAAGGUGUCUGCCGCAAGCUCAUGUCUCUCGUGUGUCCUGCCUUGCAAACAGGCGUUCCACGAGCCCCACGAAGCCGACGAGCGGCAAGUGCGCCGCGCCAUUGGGUUCAAUGGCGGACAGACAGAUGAGUCAAGAGCCCUCCUGGGGCCGCAUUUCGGCCAUCUGCAGGCGGCGGCACAGCAGCAGCAGCAGCAGCACGCAGACGCAGUCAUUGAGAGGGCGGGAUGAGACUGUGCGUGUCUGUCUGUCUGUCUGCUCGAGUGUGUGGGUGUCUGUUUGCCCGUACGCACGAACGCAUGUGUGUGACUUGGUGUCUGUGUCACUAGACAGUGUGUGUCCACCCACUCAUACGACCCCCCAGUCGCAUUCACAGGAUCUAUC